AUGAUCGAAUUCGCUAUAUUCUGCGUAUUUCACAUUUUCUGCUGACGCAAUGAGUCGUACGUAAUCAAUUCAAUGCGGAAGUAAAAACUACCUUAUUUCAUAUGUAGAACUUAGUAUGUUGUCGAAAAACAACUUAUUUUUAUAAAGUUCAGUUCUUAUCUUACCACUUACAAUAUGAUUGGUAUUCGAUCACCGAAAAAUGUUGCGAAUAUUCAUACAUUCGAAUUAUUUAAAAUGUGUAACUUGUUCUUGGCAAAAGAAAAUUAAUUACAAUAUUUCUUCCACGAAUUUUACAAUGAAGAAACAAGUUUAAUAUGUUUAAAGUAAGAAUAAAAAUUUCUAUAUCAAUAACUGAUAUAAUUUUAUGUUAUUAGUUCUGAAAAGUUAAUAGUAUUUUUUGAAAUGUUCCGAUUUUGCGUAUCAUGAUAAGGAAGCAUUGAAAUAAUAUUUUUUGUUCGUGUAUGAAUUACAUUUUGAACAAUAGUAGCGAAGCCCUGCCAAGUAACUGUACAGCGUCAUUUUACGUGGUAACACAAUGCCGAAACUAGUAGCUACGUUAUCGACAGGUCACGAAUUUAGACCUAGUAGCACAUACCUCCCAGAGGUAUGGGAGUAGAUGUAACCGCAUUCGUGUCAAUAUUGGUUCAAUCUGAACCCUAUUUUCACAUAUUUCUAAACGUUUCAUCUGGCUGCCUUCGGGUUUCUUGCAGCUUCAAUCAAUCUCCACGUGAUGCGACCCGGGCGACCCCGAUCUUCGAUCAAUAAAAUAUUGUAGAUCAAGUAUCAUAGCGAGCCAAUGGCUGUAAUAUAAAAAGUUUAUUCAGUACAAUCUGUAAUAUUAUUUAAUAAUUUGUAUCAAUCAAUUUGGUUAUAGACAGUUAUAACGAAUAACUAAUAGAAUUCGAGGCACAGAAAAACUUUUGAAGUAGAAAUAUUUUGGAAGAUUACUUUGGUGAAUCUCCUUCGUUGCAGACACAUUUCGAAGUUCGUAAAGGUUCUAGCUUCAAAUUUGAAAAAGUCGUUUGAAUAUAGACGCCUUAUGAAUUUGUAGCUUGCAAAUCAUAAAACAUGCCGUAAUACGAAUGAAGUAUACCGAAUACUCGAUCCUCGCUAAAAAGUUUAAAUUUCUUAAACAUCGACACAGAGCGGAGAGGAUCGGUGACUAUAUUUUUCUACGCAUGCGGACUGACAAUUGUUUGCUACAAAAAUUGCGACAAUACUACAAUCUGAAUCGAGAGAGACCAAUAAAAUAUAACUCAUGUAAGAAGUUGAGUUAUGUUUUCAAAUUUUACGGAGUUCGGUCCGGAAGAGAUUGGAGAGUCAAAAUACACAUACAGAUUUGUAUGAUUUCUUUCCAGCCAUGCAAUGACAACUGCACAUAUGUACAUAUAUUAAUCACUUACUAUACUACACAUGCAUACGAUCUGCAUGUAUGUAGACACAUUUCUUGAGUGAAACAUCCUUACAUACAUACAUACAUGCUUUGUCUCUAUAUGAGCCGUGAGCCUAUGCAAAAGGCCUUCUGAGGCUUCUGUGUGCAUUAUAACCUCACUAUAUAUUGGGCAUUGUUUAGCAAACGGUGAUCUGUACUGGCGCAAAACAUAAAUACGUAAUUAUUAUUAAGUAAAAGAAAGUCCUCUAGAAUCUAGAUGACGAAUCAUAACGAGUCCGAAUCAAAUACAAUGGCGAAUAGCACUAGUAUUAGGAAUAGGACCGCGCUCACGAUAGGACAGAAAAUCGAAAUUUCGGAAAAAUUGGAGUGUGGUGCUUCUGUCAGAAAUUUAGCUAACGAGUAUCAGAUACAUCCUACCACUGUACGCCGCAUUCGACGGAAUAUAAUGUCAAUGCAUCAUCUCGCAGAACAAGGGAUGCAAGUAUGGAAACGAAAGAAGUUACGAAAACCUGCGUUCGAGGAUAUAGAAAAUCGUUUAUAUGUGUGGUGGUUGGAACAAAAAACAUUAGGAGACCCAGUCACAGACUUAUUAUUACAUAAUAAAGCGUUAGAGCUGAAUGAGGAAUUCGGUGGACCUUCGACAUUUAAAGCAAGUGCAGGCUGGAUAGCAAAAUUCAAAAAUCGUCAUAAUAUACGGUUGUUGCAUAAAUUUGAAAAACAUGAAGGCGAUGACAUGGUAGAAGAAGAACAUAUAGAACAAGAUAAUAUGGAAGAAGUUGUACUUGAAGAAAAGGCACAAAUUGAAUAUUAUGAAGAAGACACCAGCAAAGUAGAAAUACAACAUGCACUAGAAACACUGUCAAAAUACGCAGAACAAGCACCACGUUUUAUUAAACUUACAGUAGAAAACUUAAAAGAUUAUUUCUUGAGAGAAGAAACUUGAAACAUAACAUCAGAGGAUAUACGAGAAAAUGGGUUAGUCACCAAUUUCAAAAAAGAUAAGUUAUAUUUUUUAAGUAUGUGUAAUGUUCUGUUUUUCUUUUGGUAGUAAUGGUUCAUAUUUAUCUGUUUACAGCAUGAAACAUUCUAAGUGAAGGAAUUGAAACUAUGGGCACCAACUGAACAUGAUGGAUUGGAGUUUCAAGAGACUUUAAAAAUUGGUAUGAAGUUAAAUGAACAUUAUUACAACUUAACAUGUGUUUAGCUACUAAUUAGCGAUGAAAUAACGUAGUUCUGUCAUUGUUUAUUAUCUAGUGCUUCUCUAGAAUCAAAAGAUCCACAAAAGAUGACCAUUAGGUUUGGAACAUCAUUUUUUACUUACAGAUGAGUGAAGUACAUAUUAUAUGUAAAUAUUAAUACAAAUAUUAUUGUAAAUAUUGUAUAAAAUUUGUAUAUAAAUUGUAAUAAUAAAUAAUACUAUACAAUAGAACAUUUUUUAUCAUCUUUAGUAAAGCAAAAACUGGGAUACAGAAUAAAAUUCUAAUUUAAAAGUCACUUCCGAUGAUGAAGCAUCAUGUAUUGAGUACUAUUAGGCUCUGGCUGCUAUACAAUUAUUUUUAAAAAUUAAGGGGUAUUUCAGCAAUACUGUAUUGUACAAUAUUUAAUUUAUGCAACAUAA